AUGAUGCAAAUGAAAACAGCUUUUACAAAUCUCAUCUUUGCGUUGCUGAUGCUGUUUGGUUAUGGAGUGAUGCCAUCAUUUAACUGCCCACCGAAAUGUGGAUGUGAACAAAAAGCGAAUGGUUAUUCAGUAAACUGUGCGAACCAAGGAUUGAAAACGCCAAUAAACCCUAAUGAUCUGCCGGACGACACAUUCGAACUGUGAGUAAGACCGAUCGUAUGUUAUGGGCUUUGUCGUUUUAGGAUUACGCUGAUGUUUAUAUUCUUGUCUUUACUGUGUUUUCUGUGUAAUUUUUUCUCGACAUAGAACUCUUCUCCAAUUGUAAAGCCGCAGUUAAUAUCCUAACUGACUUUAUGAAAAGCCAAGUUAGUCAUGGUUUUUGAGCAUAGUAGGAAUUUUGAAGCCUUUGCCUUUUUGCCUCCAUUGCAGCGAUCUGUCAGAUAAUGCGAUACAGACGAUCAAAAACAAUGCCUUCAAAAGGAAAAAUCUCACAAAAAUAAAGCGAUUGUAAGUGGAAUCUUUAUGUUUUCUUUUUUUUAUUUCAUGGAAAGUUAAAGUUCAUUUGAUUAAUGAACCGGGUAGCUACAAAUGAUAUUAACAUGCAUGCACAUUAAUUGAAUUUUCUAUUAUUUUCCGCAAAGUUUCCAUUGUUCAAUUUGUUAUACAUCCUAUGGUUGCAUCAUUUGCAAAGUUUAUAGUGACCAAUAUCAAUAACCCCAAAGAACAUACAAAUACUUGUGAGAAAGUUUCUGAAUAUUGAUUGCUUGAUUUAAUAUGGAAGGAAUUUGCUAUUUACUUCCAAUCUCCAUCCCCGUUUCUCUACGCUGUCCACAAUGUUUCUUUGUGCGUAUAAGUGUGUACUUAUCUUCAAAAUAAACUUAUUGUGUUUAUCUUUCUGGCUUUUUAUGUCGCUCGAAUUUUUGCGUGCCCGGUUGUUGCAAUAAUUGAAAGAGUCAAUGGGAAUCAAUCGAAGUGGCUUCCUGCUACGCAUAUAGUACACGAUGAUGUAGUGCUCACUUCCCCUCAGUUAGGCUCACGAUAAUUUACAAAAUUUUAUGGCACUUCCGAUGGUAAUUAGAAGACAACUUAGCCUCUGACUCGAAAAUCCUCGUCAGUAUUAAUUGAUGUUGUGUGUGUGUGUGUUUUUUUUUUCAGACUUUUGUCUGGCAAUGAACUAGAAAAGAUCGAACCAGAUGCGUUCUCAGGGUUGAACAGAUUAACAAAGCUGUGAGUAGUAUGUUUAAAUGUGCUAUACUAUCCUCACAUAAGCUGAGAAAACAGCAGUGCGGGUUAAAAUUAGUAGAGUUGGUAUUUACUGGUUUUCAGUUUUUUUUUUAACAUAUUGUAGAAUUCUUGAUUUCAUGUUGAGUAUCAUGCAUGGUUUAGCUUGUUGCUCAACCAAAUAUGAUGUACACAAUUUCUUGUAGGAAAGUAAGAAAAUAUGAGACCCAUAUUAUUUGGGUUUUCUCAGAUGUCUUGCAAGAUAAGAUGACAAAAUGUUAAAGGGCUGGUCAAGUUAUCUUGCAACUGCUCCCUUUCUUUAACAAGUGAGGGUGCUGAUAAGAUAGAAAGAAAGAAGGGUGGGUCAUACCAAUUCCCUUCCCCAGUCCAUGUUUUUUGUUUUUUGUGUCUUUUUUUAAUUCCACCUCUCGGAUUGUAAAAAUUAGGAAUUUAAUUCUAGAUUCCUCUUAACAGCAGAAUUUAGUUAAGCUUAUCAUGGUACAUUCCAGUAGGUUAAGCUCUCUCUUCACAUUUGAGAAAGUUUAACCUCUUUAGUCCCAAGAGUGGAGUUGUAAUUCUCAUUAUUAAUUAGUGUAAGAGCUUUUGUUACCUGUCAGUGCAAAGAAUUUGAUCUAAGACUGAUUAACCUACCAUGCCCCGGCUGAUAAUGUUUUCAACUUUGAUAUCAGAAGGGGUACGGUAAUUUCAUAUUUGUGGAAGUAAAAGGGUUUAUUGAGGCACGAAGCUCACCAAACAAAUACUUCAUGUGAAAAUAAAUUGAUAUCCUUUCCACACAGUAAAUGUGAGCAUUUUUCUCUUUUUCUGAAUAGGAGGAUUGAAUUAAAAUUGAUUAAAAUGGGAAUCAAUUCAGUUGUUUUUAUAAAAAUCCAGCGUAAAUUGAUUAUUGAUUAGGAACAAUUAUCAGCAAAAACUGAUACAGUAUGGAAAGUUACAGUGUUUAUUUCCAAUAGAUAUACAGUGUAUGCUGUAAAAAGCUAUGAAAAGGAGAGGUUUCUUUAUUUGCAACUAAACUAACUUAUCAGUUGAUCUUUGCCAGUUUAUUAAUUCAAUAUACUGGGCCUCUGUUUACAAGAUCUGUUUAUCCCUCUAUAAGAUUUGUAUUUUGAUUUUUACCAGUUCUCUUUUGCAUUUAUACAUGUAUCUUGUAUAGAAUAGUUACUCUUACUAUGAAAUAUUUCAUUGAGGUAUUUUAAUUUUGGUCUGUAUAUUUUAUAACACCUGUAAUUUACUUUAUUACUCACUGACAUUUAUUUUUUAUUUAUUUUAGUUUAUAAUUUGUAAUUUUUCUUCCUCAGUGAUCUUAGUCGCAACAAAUUAUUCCUCCUGGAUGAAGCUGUCUUUAGGAAACUGAGGAAUAUUAGAAUAAUGUGAGUUAUGACACCUACCAGUUAUUAUGUGCACCAUGAUUGUUCAAUUUAGUAAGCUGUAUUUAACUGUUUGACCUUCAAAAUUCAAAAGUUUGUUUGAAUUGAAGUCUCCCCCUCUACUUGAACCCAAAUAUAUAAAAUAAUUAUCUUAACCACCUCAUUUUUUUAUGCAAAGUUUUUUCUGCUCAGAUUUAUGGCCCACCUGGUUAGUAGAGAUAUUUUUUUCUCAUUUAGUCAUUUCAACCUACAAUGUUUAUUCUGUAACUGUCAAAACUUACUUAUGAAUAUAGAUAAACUCUCAUACUUUACAUUCACAAAGUAUUUUAUGUUUUGUUUACAAGUUGUACGCACCAUUUUAAUACCUUUACCAUGCACCAGUACAUGUACAUUUGAUUACAGGGAAUAUCACUCUUUCCUCUUGUAACCAAGAUUGUAAGAAUUAACAAUAUUGUUCAAGGUUUCCAGUGUAAAGCUUGUGCGACAUGUCAUUGUUUAUUUUUGUGAGGAAUCUUUUAGUGAAUAAGUAAGUUAAUACUUUCAAAGUGAUAUAAUUUACUUUAAACCAAAUCAAAAGAAAUAGAGAGACACUUCUGUCAGUCCAAUUUAACUCUCUUGCAUCAGCAAGUCAAAUAUAUCAUAUUUAUUUGCCUAUAAGCUGAGAUCGUCUAACUUUUAGCUUUUAAAAUUAAAGCUGUUGGACUCUAAUAAAAAAAAAAACCUAAACUUAGGCUAUAAUACAUUGUUGUUGUUGUCCAUGUCUGAGAGGUACUCCUAACUAGCUGUAUAUUUAAUAUCAAUCCUACCCCUUGUAGCCAACUUUUUUUGUGAUAAACCUUCUUCUUCUUUUUUUUUUCAGUGAUGUUUCAAACAAUCACAUGUUCAAGCUAAAUAAGACUCAAUUUUCUGGUUGCAAGAAUCUUAGGAUAAUGUAAGUUUGUUAGAGGUAAAAUGUUGAGUCAAUUACUGGAUAUAGUGUACAUGUACAUGCAUCAGUAACUCACAGUCAGCUGUUGGAUUGGUUUAUAAAUUUUGAGCUCGAGUUCUCUCCUAGUCAGGCAUCAAGACUCCUGACCUCAAGUCCCUGCUCUCUUUAUGGCCAAAAGAUGAUUGCAGUCAAUUUGUCAUCAAUAAUUUACUAUAUUCAUUGUUUGAUUUGUGGGAUGACUUUUCAUUUCCUUUUCCUUUUUUCCUUUCAGAAAUUUAUCUUCCAACAGGCUGACUCUCCUUCCUGAAGGAUUAUUUAACUCACUUGGUAACUUACAAAAAAUGUGA